CUAGAACUUACCACCAGGAUCACUGAGCUGCUGAGCGGAGAGGUUCCUAUAAGGUGUCAGGAUGUCGCUGUCUAUUUCUCCAUGGAGGAGUGGGAGUAUUUAGAAGAACACAAGGAUCUGUACAUGGACAUCAUGAUGGAGAAUCCCCAGUCCCUCACAUCACCGGAUGGAUCCAGUCAGAAAAAUCCACCAGAGAGAUGUCCCAGUCCUCCGUAUUCCCAGGACUGUCCAGAGGAGAAACCAAAUAUCCCACUGGAUCAUCAGGAAAUUUCUGGUGAAAUGACAAGUGGACUCGAAGACCCCGUGUCAGUGUCUGUGAAAGGUGAGGAUGAGACGAGAGACUCCCAUGAACAUCUCCUUUUAUCUGAAGAAGUAGAAGAUAACAAUGUCACACAAGCUAAUUCAAUAAAUGCUAAUGUACCCUUAGACCUUCGCAGUGGAGAUCUAUCCACCACUACCAUUGGUCACAAGAAUCUUUUGUCUAAUCAAUCACUGAGUGAAUCACAGAAUCAGUCUAAACAAUCUGUGCAUGAAAUAAUUGACAGAGAUAAAAGACCACUUUCAGGUUCAGAAUGUGAAAAGUAUUUUAGUCAGAAAUCUAAACUUAUGGAGCAUCAAAGAAUUCACACAGGGGAGAAGCAAUUUCCAUGCUCACAAUGUGGGAAAUGCUUUAGUCAGAAAUGGGGUCUUGUUGAACAUCAAAUGACAUUUCACAAUAGGGAGAAGCUUUUUUCGUGUCCGGAAUGUGGGAAAUGUUUUGCAAAGAAAUCACAUGUUGUGGAACAUCUAAGAACUCACACAGGGGAGAAGCCAUUUCCAUGUUUAGAAUGUGGGAAAUGUUUUAGUCAGAAAUCAAAUCUUGUGGAACAUUUAAGAAUCCACACAGGGGAGAAGCCAUUUUUAUGUUCAGAAUGUGGGAAAUGUUUUGGCAAAAGAUCUACUCUUUUUAUGCAUAAGAGAAUUCACAAAGGAGAGAAGCCAUAUUCAUGUCCCGAUUGUGGGAAAUGUUUUAGUCUGAAAUCGUGUCUUGUUACUCAUCAGAGAACUCACACAGGGGAGAAGCCAUUUUCAUGUUCAGAAUGUGGGAAAUGUUUUGGUCAGAAAUCAGCUCUUGUUACUCAUCAAAGAACUCACACCAAGAAGAAGCCAUUUUCAUGUUCAGAAUGUGGGAAAUGUUUCGGCUAUAAACCGGAUCUUGUUGAACAUCAAAGAACUCACACAGGGGAGAAACCGUUUUCAUGUCCUGAAUGUGAGAAAUGUUUUAGUCAGAAAAGAAAUCUUGUGAAACAUCGAAGAAUCCACACAGGGGAGAAGCCAUUUUCAUGUUUAGAAUGUGGGAAAUGUUUUAGACUCAAGUCGAUUCUUCUUUACCAUCAGAGAACUCACACAGGGGAGCAGCCAUUUUCAUGUCCUGAAUGUGGAAAAUGUUUUGGCCAGAAAUCAAGCUUAUUGGAACAUCGAAGAAUCCACACAGGGGAGACACCAUUUUCAUGUUCAGAAUGUGGGAAAUGUUUUGGCCAGAAAUCAAGCCUUGUAGAACAUCGAAGAAUUCACACAGGGGAGAAGCCAUUUUCAUGUUCGGAAUGUGGAAAAUGUUUUGGUCGGAAAUCGGUUCUUAUAGAACAUCAGAGAAUUCACACAGGAGAGAAGCCAUUUUCAUGUCCUGAAUGUGGGAAAUGUUUUUGCCAGAAAUCAGGCCUUUUGGAACAUCGAAGAACUCACACAGGAGAGAAGCCAUUUUCAUGUUCAGAAUGUGGGAAAUGUUUUGGUCAGAAAUCAGCUCUUGUUACUCAUCAAAGAAAUCACACCAAGAAGAAGCCAUUUUCAUGUUCAGAAUGUUUAGGGUGA